AUGGUGGACGUGGACGGCGUCUUCUCGCACUUCCAGGCGACGCCGCUCAAGCUCAAGCGCCGUGCACCAUCGGCGCCGACGGUCGCGAGGCGUAGCCCGCCGCAGAACCCAGCGCCGGCGCGCCGCCACCGAACAGCGUGGACCACUGGCGCCCCGCGGCUCGUCCCUGCGGCGAUCACGUACUUUGCAACCCUCACCACACACCCCGAGACGCUUCUCCACAAGGCAGGUUUGCUCGACAGGGUCGCUGCUCCGGCAUGUGCUCCGCGCCAUCUUCUUGCGUUUGAUGCGCGCCUCGACGCUGGCGACUCGCGCGCCCCGAGCGUCGCCUUGCCCAAGGCGCUGUACGCCCACCACGAUUUGGGGGCCGCUGUGCACCGCGCCCUCGUCGACCGCGCGGCUACAGCGCUCGACGACUACCACGCGGCUCUCUGCACGGACUUUUUGGCGACGGCCUUUCAGACGCUCGAUCGGUACCGGUCCGAGCCCUAUUUGCAAGCGCACAUUGGUAUCAUGGAGACCACGGCGGCCCGGAUCGCCGCGCUGGGCUUGGACGACGAGGCGCACUUGGCGCCACUGGCGUCCCUCAGCACCUUUGCCGCGACACUGGAAAAGGAGCAGCGCGCCGUUGCCGGCUUCUUGGCCCGCGCCCCGUUGCCCGUGCCUCUCGACCUCCCGUGUCCCAUGCCCGAGAAGGAGUCGACGCCGCUCAAGACGCGCUUGGACGCGGUGAGCGGCUGUUUUGAGUGCAAGCAAGCGCUCCACAGUGACGCGAUCGUCGAGUGCCGAACGUGCCACCACAAGUACCAUCUUGCCUGCUUGUACUUGCCGUCAACGUUCCGCGAUCCGUCUCGGCGCUACGUCUGCCCCCACUGCUUGUAA